AUGGCCUCUACCGCAACUGCCUCCCGGCGGAACCCAGCGCUCCGUCGUACAAUCACAUCCAACACCUUGGAGUCGGACGUUUCCUCCCCGUCGACUGCCAUUGCCUCGCCUGUCGACUCCCCAAGAGCCUCGGCCUCCUCGACCUCUCUCUCGUCGAUGGCCUCGCUGGACGAGAAGCCUUCCUACGGCAAACUGCUUGACACGUACGGCAACGAGUUCUCCAUCCCCGACUACACCAUCAAGGACAUCCACGACGCCAUCCCCAAGCACUGCUUCGAGCGAUCCGCCGUCAAGGGCUUGUACUAUGUCUUUCGCGACAUCGUACUUCUCGGAACCACAUUCUAUGUCUUCAACACAUAUGUGACACCAGAGAACAUCCCCCAAACCCCGAUCCGCGCAGCUCUCUGGGGCCUGUAUACCGUCAUGCAGGGCCUAUUCGCCACUGGUGUCUGGGUCCUCGCCCACGAGUGUGGCCACCAGUCUUUCAGCACCUCCAAGAUCCUCAACGACACGGUCGGCUGGGUCCUGCACUCGUCGCUGCUGGUGCCGUACUUCAGCUGGAAGAUCUCGCACGGCAAGCACCACAAGGCGACAGGCCACAUGGAGCGUGAUAUGGUCUUCGUGCCCCGAACCCGCGAGCAGCAGGCCACUAGACUUGGGAAGCUUGUCCACGAGCUGGCCGAGCUUGGUGAAGAGACCCCGAUUGUCACACUCAUCCAUCUGCUUGGACAGCAGCUGAUUGGCUGGCCCAACUAUCUCCUCACCAAUGUGACGGGCCACAACUACCACGAGCGCCAACGGGAAGGUCGCGGCAAGAACAAGAGGAACGGUUUCCUCGGUGGCGUCAACCACUUCGACCCAUCCAGCCCUCUGUAUGAAGCCAAGGACGCCAAGCUCAUCGUUCUUAGCGACUUGGGUCUCGGCAUCACCAUCACAGCCCUCGUCUACCUCACCAAGGCCUUCGGCUUCCAGAACAUGCUUGUCUGGUACUUCAUCCCAUACCUCUGGGUUAACCACUGGCUUGUUGCCAUCACCUUCCUUCAGCACACCGACCCUACCCUGCCGCACUACACUGGCGCGUCGUGGACCUAUGUCCGCGGUGCCGCUGCAACCAUUGACCGCGAGUUUGGAUUCAUCGGCCGUCAGCUUCUGCACGGGAUCAUCGAGACUCACGUCCUGCACCACUACGUCUCCACGAUCCCCUUCUACAAUGCCGACGAGGCUACCGAGGCCAUCAAGAAGGUCAUGGGCCGUCACUACCGAGCUGACACGAAGAAUGGCUCCAUCGGAUUCCUGCAGGCCAUGUGGCGCAGUGCCCGUUGGUGCCAGUGGGUGGAGCCGAGUGAGGGUGCAACGGGCGAGGGCAAGGGUGUUUUGUUCUUCAGGAACCGAAAUGGACUAGGCACCAAGCCCGCGAAAUCAUCGCAAUAA